CAAUUCCAUUCAUCUUUUGACCUUUCCAUCCAUCACCCAAGCCUUUUAGACUCUACACUACUUUGACUAGUAGCAGUAGCCAACAAGCGAGACGCGAGAAACGAGGCGAAACCGACCGGACGAACUCGGCUUUACAUCUCGGUAUUGCAUGCUAGUUGCUAGUAUCCAGAUCUGCACUGGCCUCACACUGGCAUCGUCCAAACUCUCAAACAUUUCCAAUCUGAUAUUUAUACCCAACCAUCGGCCGACACAUCACGGACGGGCCUCUUCUUUGCUUCAUCUUACGUACUUCAUACAUCUAGGAUAUCUGGGAUUGGCCCUGCUUGAUACAACUGAGAGUGUCGUUCCUGUUCCUGGUCCCCGCGCCGCUCCAUAACGUCAGGUUACACCGCUUGCUAUCUGAAUCACAGCUUCCCCGGAUUCUUACCCCGGACUGUCACUUUUAACUUUUAACUUGCACAAUCCAUCCAUCAAUUUACCGUCAUCAUGGACGCGGCCUACAACCAGCACUCGCACGCCGCCCGGCGCAAGAACCGCUCCUCAACAAACCUCAACCACCUCUCCCUUGCUCCAUUGACCUCCAAGCUUCCCAUCGACAACGAUGACUUCCUCGAGCAGUACCAACAGCAGUUCGAGCACGUAUCCCACAGCACUUCCUACCUCCAGGGCAAAUCCGCUCCAUCUACCCCUCGUCUGAUCUCCCAUUCGCCAGGUCCCCACCCUGCCCGCGUCGCUACCAUGACCGGCACCGGUAUGAAUCACUCACGCGGCAAGUCUGCUCCGGCCGCCGGGCUACCCAAGUCCAAGUCGACCACCCACCUCGGCAGCAAGAGCGGGGCCGCUUCCCCCACACACAAGCGCCGUAGUGCCGCCGCCGUCGCCGCCGACAACGAACGCAACUUAUCCGACUGGCUCCUCCGCGCCGGCGCCCUCAUCUCCACCGAGACCCGCGAGUCCAAGGGCCAAUCAUGGCUCGUAUCCCGCGCCAGCUCGACCUCCCUGACCGGCCUGCACAACGCCGAAGAGGAGGCCUUUGAGCGAGAGCUCGCCCGCGAGCGCGAACUGCUCCUCCAAAACACCGCCGCCAACCAAAUCGCCGGCAUCGGUAGUCGCAACGUCUCCCGCAACGCCAGCCGGGCCGCCAGCCGCAACGCCUCGCGACGAGGCAGCCUGGUGAUGACCACCGGCCACAGCACCAACAUCAUCGACGACGAGUACUACACCACCUCGCCCAUCCACAGCCGUCUGGGCAGCCGCUCCCACAGCCGCACCGGCAGCCGAACCCAGCUCGCCCGCACCCCCAACGAGCGCCACGCCGCCCUCGAGCACAGCGCCGGCUACUUCCACCACCACGGCAUGUACAACCACCAACACCACGAGGUGGGCAUCACGGAAGAGGACGACGAGGACAACAACGGGCCCGGUCCGGACUUUGUCAACCUCGACGAGAAGCUCGAGCUGGCCCACUAUAACCAGCAACAACUGCUGCUCGACAACGACGCCGCGGCCUCCAUCGUCCAAGACGAGAUCGCCGUCCGCCGCCUAGUCAAGGACCGCAACAUCGGCUCCUGGUUCGGGCGCGUGCUAGGCGUCCAGCUGUUUGCCGUCGAGGAGGACGACGAGGAGGAUUCCUCGGACUCUGACCGCGAUGACGAUGACGACGAUCAACUGGCGUAUGGUAGCAGACAGCACUCGGAGGGACAGUUGACGGAGGAUGACGAUGGGUCGACGACCGAGACGGACUCGUCAAGCGAGGACAGGAGGAGGCGGCCGCAUGAUAAUCAGAGGAGGGAGCAGAGACGGUUUGAGGACGCACAGCUGUCGAAGCUGGUGGAUGAGCGGGUGCCCCCGCCUAAGGAGGAGGGUGGGACGUGGCAUGAUGCUGCUUGGUUGUUGACUGUUGCUUCCAAGGUUAUUUUCUGAGCGGAUACGACAUGCGGCUGCAUAUCAAAAGAAGAAGAGGAUAAUGAAGAAGAAAAGAUACAGACGAUGGUAAUAUAAAGCGGGAAUGGAGUUCGGGUUGGCGGGUUUUGGGUUUAUUCUGUCCUUCAUACAUAUAGGGGGUUUUGUUUACUUGUCAUCUCAUGACUUGAUUGGGUACGGUUGUCCUUUCGAA